GAGAAAAAGAAUUUCAGAAGGCUAACUCAGCUUUAAGUGCCCAGAGCUUUCUUUUUCUCCCCAUGCUUUUGUUUCUACUGAGAGACAGAAAGAGAGGACAAAGGAGGAAGGAGAGGAGAGAGAGAGACAGAGAGACAGAGAGAUGGAAAGAUUUUCAGUAUCUGAGACCUUUAAUGGUGGCCUUUCACAAAAACCCAUUUUUGAACAGAAUGAACCAUCGCUUCCCUAUACAUCAUUUCCACCAAAUUCCCACCUCAGAGACAUUUCAUUCUCUUCCUAUACAAAACCAGGAGAACCCAAGCUGCUUGCUGAAGAACGUUUCAGGAGGCAAAUUGACGAUACAGAGAUCAGCAUCUUCGAUGCUGAAAAGUACUUCAAUGAAGGUAGAGAUCAGAAGGAGAAGAAGCAGACUUCUACUGUUACUUUAAAUCUUGAAAGAAUUCCUGAUAGGUCUGCCCUCUCUACCGUUUCAAGGGUUUCUUCUGUUUCAUCUGUUGAUGGGCAUGGGAAGAAUUACAGAAGUGGAUCCUUCCAUGCAACCCCAACAGCUUCAUCUGAAGCUAGCUGGAACAGCCAGUCUGGUCUGUUGUCAAUUCCACCAGGUUCAUCAAUCUCAGUUUCUAUGAGAAAUCUACCUUUGGAUGGGAAGAGAAGAAGACCUUCAAUCAAGUGGCUCUUUGGGACAAGAUGUCCCUGUUCUGGUAAGAAAUCUGUUCAAGUGGACGAGAAAUCAUCAAAUCCCAAGAGCCCAUUUCAUUCAAAAGGUAGUUCAAACAGAUCUUUGAAUCCCAAGAAACAGAGCUCUUCAACAGGGGAAGGUGCUCAUGAUAGAGUAGCCAAGGAGAAAGCAAAGGAGUUAGCUACUGUGGAAAAAGUAUCCAAGGAGAAUGCAAAAGUGGAUGAUAAAAGUAUGACAAUCGAUGAAAGGACAGAAUUGAAAUCAGUGUCUGGGAACCACUUUUCGUCGGAGUGCGGCCACCGUAUAGUCUCUUCCGGGAGGUUGGUUACUGAGGGUGGUGGUGGCUUCUCCUUCCCUAUACUAAAUCCUCCUGUAGUCCCGAAUGGAGGGAAGCUAGCAAUUCAUCUGGAAGACCCACCUAGGGAAUCACUAGAGGUCUUCCGACCAUCGGACGAAUCAGUGGUAAGGAAGUCUACAGAGCUUCAACGGCAGCUGCUGAUGUCAUUUCCCGGCAACAGUGAAACCCAGAGCUUCACUUUUCCGACGAGUCCGAAAACUCGAGCAACUACUGGAGAUGAUGAUGUAGCAAGUGACACAAGCUCUGACUUAUUUGAAAUUGAAAGCUUCUCAACUCAGACAACAAUGUAUCCAUUGUAUCACCGGAGAGAUUCUUUCGAUGAGUUCUCAAGAAAUGAUGAAAGGCGAGUUCUUGGACAUGGCAAUGGAGUGUUACAGUUCCGGCGAAGCCUUGAUGGAACUAUGACCCCUUCAACUGCCCCAACUGAAUUUUAUGAGCCUAGUGAGGUUAGUAUUGAUUGGAGUGUUACAACAGCAGAAGGGUUCGACCGGAGAAGUGUCACAAACUAUUCGACGGCGACAUCAGAGCAUGAAAGAGAAUCUGAGAAGAUUAUUGCCAAUGCUGGUGGUGCCAAUAGUAACAUUAGAAGGAAGGGAAAUGGAUUGUUGAGUUGCAGAUGUGAGAAGGCAGUGAGUGUAGGGCCUCAUCCAGUUAAACAAUUGCCUGAUCAAUGUCGUGGCGCCGGUGUCGGUACUCCGGCUGUCUUAGUUGAAUCAUGUCAAAUUCCGGCGACAUCGAGAUUGGCAAAUUUAAGCUCAAUGCAUAAGGCCAGGGCCUCCGGUAAGCCACCGAUAGCAAGGUCGAAUUCUGCUCGCGUGGCUCGUGCCUCCAUUUCACAUUAAUAACCAUAAAACCACAGGUGGGGUUUUUCAUUUUUUAGUGAUUUAAUUAGAAAGAUGUUGAUCAUGUUGUUAAUUAGGAGUGGAAGUGAUUGGUGAACUAGUGGUGAUUUCUUUCCUUUUAUAUUAAUGGUCUAUGUUAAGCCAUGCCGCACGUGCACAUGCAUGCAUAUAUGAAUCUCUAUCCAUCCAUAAAAAAAAAUUAUGUAUGAAUUUCUGGUUUAAUUUUUUUGUUUACUAAUUUUUAAUGAACUACCCAUUAGAAUUUUACUCUUAAAA